CAAACAGCGGCGAGGGCCAGGGCUCUAUAAAACCUGCCCCUGGACAGGAACUGCUGGUAGACCCUUUGGCAUUCGGUGGGUUUGCGGGUCUCUGAGGUGCAUUGUAAACAUGGUGAAAUACUUUUCUGUGGACUGGCUGGCCCAGAGCCAUCACAACUCCGCGCUGGUUGAGAACCACGGAACUGAUAUGGAUACUGCGCCAACCUGUAGACCUCAUAUUCCCUGCAUGGUGCAGCCUCGUCCUCCUACUUUUGGCAAAGGUUACCUGCAGCCCAAACCCAAACCAUCAAAGUCCGCUGAAUACACGGAGCCAGUGGAGAGCAGCGGACAUCAGGACUCUAGCCCGUGCGCACUUGUGCAUCCAACAAGCUUUGUUUCACCAAUUUCAGAAACCAGCGGUUAUUCCUCCGGGUAUGAGAGUGAAGCUGCUUCCUCUGAGUGUCUCUCUGUGGAUGAGGGGACCGAGACGGGAAAAGAGGGACCACAGCGCCGUGUGCGCACAAAAUUCACCCCCGAGCAGAUCAGCAAACUGGAAAAAAUCUUCAACAAGCACAAAUACCUGGAUGCUGGAGAGAGAGUGAAGACGGCACAGAAGCUGAGCCUCACAGAAACUCAGGUGAGGACCUGGUUUCAAAACAGGAGGAUGAAGCUGAAGCGGGAGGUCCAGGACUACCUCGCUCCCCAAGUUCCACAGAUGAUGUUCCACCCCGCGGUUCAAUACCACAGCAUGGCCGGACAGCGCUCUCACUACCCCGCCACAGGCCCGGCCUUUUUCCCACACUCUGUCCCGCACAUACUUCUCCAGCCGCAGAUGCCCCCUCAUCACUCUUCUCAUCUUGUGAUGCAUAACCCAUAUUUCUACUGAAGGUCUGCCAACUAGAGACUUUUCCGACGGAAACACUUAAAA